CCAACGUAUCGCGAGAUUUGCGACUCGCGCACAUCCUCCUCUGGAAAGUUUAAAUAGUUUGCGCCGUGAUUACAGCACAGAGGAGGAGAAGUGUCUCCGCUCUGACAACAUGAAGUCCACAUGGCUGCCGUCCUCUCUGCUGCUGCUGCUCGUAGAGCUGAGCCGUGUGUCUCUUCAAGACGGUGGCAAGCCCAACUUCGUCCUGAUGAUGGUGGACGACCUGGGGAUCGGAGACCUGGGCUGCUUCGGAAACACAACGCUGAGGACCCCCAACAUUGACCAGCUGGCAGAGGAGGGGGUGAAGCUGACCCACCACAUCGCUGCAUCGAGCGUCUGCACCCCCAGCAGGGCGGCGUUUCUCACCGGACGCUACCCGAUACGUUCAGGUAUAGCUGGUAAACAAAUAUCUAUAGUCUUUAUAUUGAAUGGAGUAUCUGGAGGUCUUCCCAGCCACGAGGUUACCUUUGCUAAGAUAGCCAAACAGCAGGGCUACGAAACAGCUCUUAUCGGUAAAUGGCACCUGGGCCUGAACUGUGAGAGCAGCGACGAUCACUGCCACCACCCCAACGCCCACGGCUUCAACUACUUCUUCGGGAUCCCCCUGACCAACCUGCGGGACUGCCAGCCCGGACACGGCACCGUGUUCAUGCUCUAUAAAUAUCUACCGUACGGGACGCUGGGCGUCAUCCUGGUCAGUGCGGUCUUACUCCACUAUGUGGGCCUCAUCACUCUGCGCAGAAGGCUGGUUCUGGGUCUGCUGUCUCUGUUGGCCGUGCUCACGGGUCUGACAGUAGGAUUCAUUAAGAUGACGCCGUACCUCAACUGUGUCCUCAUGAGGGACCACGUGGUCGUGGAGCAGCCGUUCGUAUCUGAGAACCUGACGCAGAGGAUGACGCGUGAGGCCGUGGACUUCUUAGAGAGGAACUCGGCAGGACCCUUCCUGCUGUUCUUCUCGUUCAUCCAGGUGCACACGGCCAUGUUUGCUUCGAAAGCGUUCAGAGGGACGAGCCGCCACGGCAUCUACGGAGACGCUGUCCACGAGGUGGACUGGAGCGUAGGUCAGAUCAUGCAGACUCUGGACAGACUCAAGCUGAGAGAAAACACUCUUGUCUACCUGACCUCAGACCAGGGCGCUCACCUGGAGGAGAUCAGCGCCACGGGGGAGGUCCACCGAGGAUGGAACGGGAUAUAUAAAGCAGGGAAGGCCACCAACUGGGAGGGAGGGAUCCGGGUCCCGGGAAUCCUGCGUUGGCCCGGGAACAUCCCCAGCGGCAGACAGGUGGACGUGCCCACCAGCAACAUGGACCUGUUUCCUACGGUGGUGCAGCUGAGCGGAGCCGCGGUCCCAGAGGACAGGGACAUAGACGGUCAUGACCUCAUGGAUUUGCUUCAGGGGACAGUUGAAAGGUCGAAUCACGAGUUCCUGUUCCAUUAUUGCAACGCCUACAUGAACGCAGUCCGAUGGCAUCCCCGAGACAGUAGCUCGGUGUGGAAAGCCUUUUACUUCACCCCCAACUUCUACCCAGAGAACGAGACGGCCUGCUUCCACACACACAUGUGCUUCUGCACGUCGGACUACGUGACCUACCACGAUCCUCCGCUGCUCUACGAUCUCACCAGGGACCCAUCAGAGAGCACGCCGCUGACUCCCGACACCGAGCCGGCCUUUCACUCCAUCCUCGCCGUGAUGAAGGAGGCCGUGGAGAAGCAUCAGAGGUCGGUGGAGCCCGUGGAGAUCCAGUUGUCCGGGUGGAACAUGAUAUGGAAGCCGUGGCUGCAGCCCUGCUGCUCCACGUUCACACAGCUCUGUCAGUGCCGGGAGGAUGAAGAGAGCAGUUAACAACGUGGUAGUUUUAAGCCCAACGAGUGAGGAGUUGGGAUGAGAACGUGUUGGCCUCACCCAGCUGAUGGAAAUGCACCUAAUUUGCAUUCCAUUUUUGUUUUUUUAGGUUUUGUUUUCAACCGUUCAGGUUUGACUGGUCUAAGAAUAUUUCUGGCAGAAAGAACUGAAGGCAAACUUGUGCAAAACAAUGUAGAAAAUGUGAUGGAAAUAUGACAAUUAUGUUUGUUUCAUGUAUUGGCUUGAAAUCCCCGUCCACUGGCCUACAUGUUUCUCACUUUUACUGGUCUUUAGCUGUUAGAGUCUCUAUUGUACUGUUGGAUGUGUGUAGCAGGAGGCUGCAGUGAACAGCCUCUAAUUCAAUAAAGAGGCAGUUUCAAGUCGGA